AUGUUCGCUUUCCUCAGCAGCUGCCACAGCAGUAGCAGCAAUAGGCGCAGUAGAAGCACCCUCUCUAGCGCUACCAGCUGCUGCAGCGGCCUCUGCUGCAACGGCCGGCGCAGCAGCAAACGCGGCAGUAGUAGCGGGAGCAGGUUGCCGGUGCUGUUGUUGCUGUUGAGCUGCCUGUGCUGCUGCUGUUGCCCGGCUUUCGCACAAUCGGGGCCACAACCCACCCAGUUCUUUCUUGGCAGCAGCAAGGGCACGAAGGACACGCAGCAGCAGCAACACCAGCAGCAGCAUCAGCAGCAACUGCAGCAGCACCAUCAGCAGCAACUGCAGCAGCAGCAUCAGCAGCAACAGCAGCAGCAGCAGGUCAAGCACUACUUAAGGAUCUCCAAGUUUAGGGGACCCGAAGAGACGAACGCCGUUUGGGUCUCGAUAACUGUUGAUGUGGAGUCAACAGAAGCAAUGGAGGCAGGAGAAACAAAAGGAGCAGCAAGAGCCACCGCAGCAGCUCUAACGGAAGAAACUACACGAGAAUCAGCGACGGAAUCAACAGAGACAACGACUGAGGCAACGCCAGUAGGCUCAGAAGCAGCAGCAGCUGCUUCAGCAGCAGAAACAAAGCCGGCAGAAGAAACAGCAGCAGCAACAGCGCCAGCCGCUUCUGAUGACAACACCUCUGCGACAGCUAGCAGCGGCCCAGAGGUGGCACUUGAGGAUUCUGUGCAAGCAGAAGCAGCAGCAGAGAGGGAACUAUUUGAUGUGCCGCGAGCGCCUGCUCCCGCCACCCAAGCCACAGCAGCAGGAGCUGGGCCUGCUACUGCUGCUGCUGCUGUGGUUGCUGCUAGCAGCAGCAGCAAAAGAGGCAGAAGAACCAUAGUGGAGACGAAGGGAACUCUUUUCGGCUUUAUACACGGAGAGAAAGCAGAAAUCACCAGCAUCUUCACUGAUGGAAGCGCCCAGACAGGCAAGUCGUAG